CUUGGACGUGAUUGGCGUCGCGACUGCUCUUUCGUCUCUACCUAUUCGCUGUCCUUAUUGGAUCGCAUCGCAAACAUUAUCACCAACUCAACCCUGUGAUGAUGAUACCGACAUUUUGAUGUGUUGUAAUUGGAAGCGCCCCUUGUUCACUUCCUAGUAUUGUCGCAUCUCCUUCGCAACCGUGCCUCUAGACCGCAGACCGAAUCUGGUUCCGAUAUCGAUUCCGAUCCCGCUCCUCGACCUCCCACUGUUUGCCACCAUCCCCGAACUGCCACCUCCCGUUGACACCUCGCGUUCCAUCAAUCUGCCCUCGGCCGUGACGAACUUGGGCAUGCCUGCCGUUCCGGUCUAAUAAUGUUGGUCCUACCAAGGGCCGUUCGCCGUGCCUCGUCCGUCGCUGUCCCCAUAAUGUUCGCCGCAAGAACUCCCGCAUCGCAGCAUCUCGCCCGGCUGCGAUACAUAUCCUAUUCGUCCCGCUUAGCCCUCUCUCCCCGUCGCUCCCAGUCCUACAACAAUCAGGGCUUUAGCUCAAGCUAUGAUCCGAACCAGGAGAAUGGCCGAGGCCCUAUAUUUUCCAACAAGGCUAGCUUUGGCGUCCCCCAAUUCUACCCGCGCGAUCUGAAGCGGCGCGUAGACGAUUACGUAGUCGGCCAGGAUCGCGCCAAAAAGACCAUAUGUUCUGUCAUCUUCAACCACUACCAGAAUAUUCGCCGUCGUCAACAUCACGAGAUCCAGGACCAGCGCCAGCGCGAAAAGUUGCAGCGACAGAGAUAUGCUCGAGAUCAUAGAGAUCUGCAAGACCGCGAAGGCUACAGUGGUAGCAGCAGGGACAUACAUCCUGUCGAAGACGAGUUUCCGGGUCAUCACGAGUCCGUUCUGGGGACACACCGUGACCGCGAUCGUGACCAUCCCCUGGCUGAGGACCACUUUGAGACGCCCUCUGUUGAUGACUUUUACAUCCCCGAGGACACCAAUGCUCCUCAGCGCGUAAAAAUUGACAAGAGUAACCUGUUGCUGAUAGGACCAACGGGUGUGGGCAAGACGUAUAUCCUAGAAACCCUGAGCAAGAAGCUCAACGUGCCCUUUACGAUAAGCGACUGUAACUCCUUCACCCAGGCGGGGUAUAUCGGACAAGAUGUGGAAGCGUGUAUCGAGCGCCUCCUCAUCGAAGCCAACUACGACGUCAAGGCCGCCGAACAUGGUAUAGUCGUGCUGGACGAGUUUGACAAGAUCGCAAGACGGGAAACUGUCAACGGGCGAGAUGUUGGGGGUGAGGGUGUCCAGCAGGCUCUAUUGAAGCUCGUCGAGGGUACCAAGGUCACCGUCAGUGUUAAGGAUCAUCGGUCGUCACGGCCGCCGCCGCCUCCCAACCUCAACAUUUCGACACCCGGCUACGGACCAACGAGCACCACGCCGUCUGCUACUCCUGGCAAAGUUGAACAGUACAUUGUGGACACCAGCAACAUUCUAUUUGUCUUUUGCGGUGCCUUUGUCGGGCUUGACAAGACUGUCCUCAGGCGGGUCGCAAAGCCAUCGAUAGGCUUCGGUGCUGAAGUCAGAAACCACCGCGGCUCUUCCAUGUCCAGCAGUCAAGAUAUUCUUCCUCCCGAGCUGUACAGCCAUCUACCGCACCAGCCUCCGACGAUGCCAGUAGACCUGUCAGGUGGAAGCCUGGCAUCUCACGGCGCUGGUGGCUUUACUCCGCUCGAUCUAGCUUCACCGGCCGAUCUCCAGGCCUUUGGUUUCAUCCCCGAACUCAUCGGCCGUCUUCACAACAUCUGCGCCCUAAGUCCUCUCUCUCUUGAUGAGCUCUACCGCAUCCUCACGGAACCGCGCAACAGCCUGGUAGCGCAGUACACAGCUCUCUUCGAGACCUACCCCAGCAAGCUGUACUUCACUCGCAAGGCGCUCUAUGCCAUUGCCGAAAGGGCGGCCAAGAACGAAACAGGCGCCAGAGGGUUAAAGAUGGAGAUGGAGCGCGUGCUGGCAGAGCCUAUGUACGAUGCGCCUAUGCCCUAUGUUCUUAUCACAGAGGGUUGUGUCAAGGGGACGGAGAAGGCCGGUUACUGGGGCAAGGACGGUAGGCUGGAGCUAGAGAGAAUGAUGGCGGAAGAGGAUCAGAAGGGGCUUGGACAGGGACCGGUAGAAGGAGGGUUUGAAAGGAUGAGGGAGGCAGGACAGAGUGGUGCAUAAUUUUCGUGAUUGAUCUCGGCAUCUUGUUGCAUGUCUUCUAGGGGAUCAGUACUAGGCUCAUCGCUUGGGUUACUGGCGAUUUCGUGUUUGCUUUAAGGCGUUGGUUUGGAAGGGGGUUCACGGUCUACGGCACCGUCUUGCGAACAGGGUGAGGGAAGCACUGGUCGGCAUGUUGCCAGGAGUACAGAAUGAUUGGGACACAGUACAUGCGCGUUCAAUGGAUAUAGUAUAGCAAUGGCAUAGCAGGAGAAGGGUGAUUGAGGCAUUCUAUAUGUACAAUAUCGCAUAUUGUUCUUGUCGUCGUGAUAACCUCAAGCUAAGUACUUCGUCGUCCUCCCCGG